AUGACUGCAUCUGAUGAUUUGUCUUAUAGACAGGUAGGCAAGGGUUUGUCUAUUGAUACCAAGGCGCAUAUAUUGGUUUUCAAAUACUGGAUUGAAGCGAUUGAUCCAAGGCAUCGUUAUGGGAACAACUUACAUCUAUAUUGUAAAGAGUGGUUUAAAAGCUCUACCAGUCAACAUUUUUUUGUCUGGUUGGAUUUUGGAGAUGGCAAAGAGGUUGAUCUUGAAGAGUGCCCAAGAUCAAAGCUUGAUCAACAAUGCAUCAAGUAUUUCGGACCAAAAGAGAGAGAAUAUUAUGAGUAUGUGGUUGUUGAUGGAAAGAUAUUGCACAAUAUAACUAGAAUACCUCUUCACCAUGGAUCGCCACAGUUGAAAUACAUCUUUGUGGUGAGCACAUCUAAGAAACUCUACAUUGGAGAGAAAGAGAAAGGAAUUUUCCAUCAUUCAAGCUUUCUUGCGGGGGAAGCUACUUUAACUGCAGGGAGACUCUUGGUAGAAGAUGGAGUACUUAAGGACCCAGACAACUAG